CAUGGGGGUGAGUAAAUUAUCAGGAAAAGUUGGACUUAAAUUAAUACUUUAAUAAUCCUUAAUAAUCAUUUAAUAAUAUCAGCUAAAAGACUCCAUGUAUGUGUACAGGAUUAGUUGAGAAUUUAUUUUCCUUGAGAAAAAUUAACAUGUAGCUACUGUACCUGAUAUUUAUCCAACUGAAUCAAUAUUGAAUUAGGAUCGGAAUCAAAUCGCAAGCUUAUGAAUUGAAAUCAUGACGUGUCAAGCAGUAAAAAAUUUUUUUUUUUUUAAAAAGUAGCCUACCCAUAAUGUAAACCUUGUAACAUGUUGUAACUAAACUUAAUGAAAUUCUGUUUAGUUACCAAAUGUUUUGGCAAUCACAACAAUACACUUAUUGUGAUUCCAGAUUUAACCCCCCUCCAACCAAUUCCCCUAUUAUUGCAGUACAGAUGUUGUCUGAUUUACAACAUGACAAUUUGUAGCUGCCACGCUGGACUAGCCUACUUCUUCUGAGGCAGUGGCAGAAACAUCGCAGGCUGGUAUGAGUGGCUUUAUACUGUGUUGUCAUCUCUGCCGGUUUCAAAGCACUUUUCUGCUCAACCUGAACUUAGCAACAACACAACCUUGUUUUUGCAGGAAGCUGACAGAGAGACUGACUAAGGACUCGUGCUGUGACUGCUGUCAUGGACUGUGAUAAUGCUGAAAGAGAGAUUGUCGUCAAUUUACAGUUUUUCUCAAUCGAUUUGGUACAUUUCUCCAAACUCAGCUGUCUUACGUAAUUACAACAACUACAAAAGGGGAAGAGAAGAAGAACAAAGAAGACAAAUGAGGAGAUACAGUAAGACAAAAAAAAGAAGUAUGAGCAGUGGAAACAGAAGAGGUUUAAGAGUGAGAGGUGGUGGCCAGGGUAGAGGGAGAAGAGGAAGAGGAAGAGGAGAUAGAGAAAGAGGAGAUAGAGAAAGAAGAGAUGAAGAUGUAGGAGGAAGAGCUGAAGAUGUAGGAGGAAGAGCGAGAAGAGCUGAGGAUGUAGGAAGAGGAGAAGAGAUUGAAGAGAUGGAUAGAUUGGAGGGCAAUGGUAUAGUGGAAAGAGAAAAUAUAAGAAGAGGUGGACAGGGAGGAAGAGGAGGGCAAAAAGGAAGAGGAGGCCAAGGUGUAAGAGGAGGGAGGAGAGGUAGAAUGAGGGUAGGGUACACGCGUGUUUCAAAUGAAAUCAGAGCCACACUUAUUGACCAUGUCAUAAAUCAUGGUCUCUCGCUGAGAGAAGCUGGCCAGAGAGUUCAGCCCAAUAUAAACAGAUCCACAGUGGCUUCAAUUAUCCGUACAUUUCAGAGGGAAAACCGAAUUGAAGUUAGAGAACAUUCAGGUGGACGAACAAGACUUUUUUCAGUUGAACAAGAGCAUGCCAUUGUUGACAUGGUGGUCCAGAACAACACCCUCCGCCUCAAAGAAAUUCAGCAAAGAGUAACACAGGACAAUCAACUGUUCCACAAUAUCCACCAAUGUAGUCUCUCCACAACUGACCGUGUUCUAAGAAGAAAUGCUAUCCGAAUGAAGCAAGUAUACAAAGUGCCCUUUGAGAGGAACUCCGUUAGAGUGAAGGAGUUGCGAUUCCAGUUUGUUCAAGUAUGUGCAACCCAAUUACUGCAAUUUUACUGUCAACUCAAAGAUAUAUUUUUCCUGAAUUUUAAGUAUGUGUCCAUAAACUAUUCCAUGCUACUACAUGUGAAAAGAUUUAGGCAUAUCUAUGUGUACUGCUGCUUCAAAGUGUGAACUCAAACUUCAGCAACAAUUUCACAGUAGUAUUGACUGCAAUCAAUGCCAUUACUGUAAAACACAAAUUUACUAUAUUUUACCUUGUGUUCUUUUUACUCUAGAGAAUCUUGGAGUUGGAUAGCAGUGCAACUCAUUAUGAGUACCUGUAUAUUGAUGAAGCAGGCUUCAAUCUUCAAAAAAAAGGAGAAGAGGGAGAAAUGUGAUUGGCCAUUGUGCUACAGUCAAUGUCCCUGGACAACGAGGAAGCAACAUCACUCUCUGUGCAGCAAUUUCUACAACUGGUGUUGUGGCACACAAUGCUGUCUUGGGACCAUACAACACAGCAAGGCUCCUACAUUUUUUAAACCUCCUCAAUGAAAUCCUCUUUCCGCAGGGUGAUCAGGAGCAAAUGGUGCGGAAUUUUGUAGUUGUUUGGGACAAUGUCCAAUUCCACCAUUCAGCACUAGUGCGAGAGUGGUUUGAGAAUCACCUACAAUUCAGGAUGGUGUUUCUUCCACCAUAUUCUACUUUCCUGAAUCCAAUUGAGGAAUUCUUCUCCUCUUGGAGAUGGAAAGUACAUGAUCGCAACCCUUACAACCAAGUAAGUCUUCUUCAAGCGAUGGAAGAGGCCUGUGGAGAUAUUGGGGCACAAGCAUGUCAAGGAUGGAUACAGCAUUCAAGGCGUUUUUUCCCACGAUGCAUGACUCGUGAAAAUAUUUUCUGUGAUGUUGAUGAAAUUCUCUGGCCAGAUUUAACUGAGAGGCAUGAUCAAUAAAAUAAUUGAUUCAAUGAAUGCAGUACAUUUAUCACUUUAUUUUUUAUAUACCU